AUGAGUCAGUCAACAAAACAGUCAGCGGUAGCAUCGGUAUCUGAGAUGUUCACCUAUUGGAUCAACCCAUCGGAAAUAACAUUAGAAGAGGUAGUGGGCCACGGCUCGUACGGUGUGGUCCGACGGGGAUUAUGGAGGGGACAGGGGGUGGCAAUUAAGGAGAUCAAACGCAACGAUAAGGAGGCGUUCGACACUGAGCUAAAACAACUGUCCCGUGUGUCGGCUCACCCUAAUAUAAUCAGUUUAUUUGGCGCCGUUAGGGACAAGGAGGUCGUGUCACUGGUCAUGGAGUUCGCAAAAGGGGGCAGUCUUUACAAAGUGCUACACUCGGAACCACCGGUGCUUUACAGCCUAUCGGAAGCCAUUUCAUGGGUACACCAGUGCGCGAGUGGUGUCGCAUACCUGCACUCAAUGCGACCCAAAGCUAUGAUCCAUAGGGACCUUAAGUCUCAAAACCUGCUUUUGGUAAACGGUCGAGCGGUUAAGAUAUGCGAUUUCGGUACCGCGUGCGACAUUCGCACCAUUAUGACCAAUAAUAGGAGUCAGGCGUAUUUCUCGGUUAAUUCACGGGGU